CACCCACCGAACACCGAGCGCAGCGAUCUGUCCACCGCAGGGUCCCGCACUCCGAGACCCGCCAUUGUAACACACAACCAAACGGGACAGGCUGCAAAAAUCGUGCCUUCCCUAAACUACUUCCGGUCCGUCCAUAUUACGUUCCGCGCGCUACUUCCGGUGUCUCUGUGUCCCGCUGACUGCGGCUCGGCCCUGGCUCUGUGGGAGUGGGUACACGUUAUUAGGGCUGUCAGGGCGCAGCAGCUGCUGCUGGGACUCGGUUUGGGAGCCGGGCUGGGGGAGGACAGUGUGACCGUGCACAUCACGGUUAGUAUGCUCGGUGCUGGCAGCCCAGGGAUAGUACAGAGCAUGGCCGGCCAGGAUACCGGCUGCUCACAGUGACAGCAGUCUGUGUGUGUGUCUGUCUCUGUCUGCAGGGAGCCUCUCAUAGACUAUAGCGAGCUGGAGCCACUAACAUGGGAGCUGCCAGGAACUCAAACUAAGACAUUCACUAACUUCACUGGGAAUCAAAUACAUAACUGGAAACAUUCUCAAAGUCACCUGUGCUCCCACCUUAGUUACCUUACCCUUACAUUUCAAAUUCAUGUUUGAAGUCAGGUAAAAUUCCCCACUAUUCUGUCUUUAGUAAAUUACCCUGAAAGAUAUAUAUAUGCAAUGUAUGAUCAUAUAAUGUAAGUAAACCCCCAUUAUUUUUGCCUAGAUUAAGUGUUUAAAAACAAACAAAAACAAAUAAAAUCUGUCAACAUUUAAGUUGGUGUUUUAGGUGAGUGCGCUGGAUCUUGUGUAUAUUAUAUAUAUAUAUAAUUUUUCAUUGUAGUUAGGAUAAAAUAGCUAAACCAGAUUAUACAGUGAAUUAAAUUGACUUUGUAUCGAAAUAAAACAGGGACUGACCUGUUUUUCUAACUCUGCUAUAUUUUCAGACCUUAAAAGGCAGUGUUUACAUUAAAAGUCUGCAGGGACCAGUUAUAGACACCAGAACAACUGUAUUCAGCUGUAGUGGUUUUAGUGACUGUAGUGUCCCUUUAAGAAUUGUAUAUAUGUUGUUGAAAAUAAAGCUGACUCCUAAUUUAUUUUAGCUGGUUCCAAGAUUUAAAGAGUGAUGUCAGUCUUGGUUAUGCAUACUAAGCCACUGUUUGCAUUGGCACAAAGUUGUUAUGGUGCCUAGAGUGACCCUUUAACAUGGUGUUUGACAAACUCAAAGAACCAAAGAGCAGGGCCUAAUAUAUUUGAGCAUUUGAUAUAGUAUUUAAUAUUUUGUUUUUUAUUCUUAAACUAUACCACUCAUUCCUUAGGUUAACAGUCUAGUUGUAAAAAUACAUAUUUAUUUGUGUUUUAUAACUACAGUGCAGCUGGGCAACCGUGUGUUUUGUUACAUCAUGAAUAUAGAGGCUGGAGAAAAUAGAGGACCUGGUAUUCCAGCUCUGCUCACAGAUUCCACUUCUUCACAGAGAUACAGGUAUGCUGUAUAACUUCACAGUAAUAUAUUUUAUAAAUAUAUGUCAUGAAUGAAUAAUUAUUUAAGUAGUAUUUAAAGGACCUCUAUAGUGCCCUGAGGGUGCCCCCUUUUUUAGCAGAGAUUUGCUUUGCCAUGGAUAAAUAGGAAUCUUAUGCAGUUAUCGAUUCAGAUCCCUCUGCUCCCAGAAAAAAAAGUCACACUCUAAAUGACGUAGGUAAGCCAUUGUAUGUUUUCUGUUGUUACCAAACAAAAGAGUGCUAUUUAAUAUUUUGAAUUCCCUACGAUGAUAGCUAUAUGGGAAGAAAAUCAUCCGGAUCAUACAAGGGAAGUUGCUCUAAAGGAUCCUUUAUUAGGCAUAUGAUAAGAGAGCCUUGUAAAAGUAAAGUCUCAGCACAGACUGUCUGAAAGUGGCUACAGACCCAUCUAUCCCUGUGCCAUGUAUUAUGCAAUAUCAAGCUGGAGGUAUCUCAAGACCAUCAUAGAAGCUGUUAAAGUGCAGAUCCUCUGGACAAUUCCUAGAAUGAAUACUUUGAGGAAUCAUUGGAGAUGGAUUCAUUCAGAGAUAUAGUAUCAUCUUUAGAUGAGGAUAUUCAGCCUAUUUCAGUACCUCCAGAAUCAUCUCAAGUGGACCAUUUGAUUUCCAGAGUCCAUAUGUCUUUUAAUAUCUGAAAGAGCCUUCUACCUCUAGCCUUUCUUUUCAGAUGUCAGAAGGAACAUCACAUCUUUUUCAGUUCCCGGUACCAUUAGGAUCCUUAUUAUGGAGGAAUGGUUAUACACGGAGUGAGGUUUUCAACACAAGGGAGUAUCUUGCGUCUUCAUCCAUUGAGAUAUCAGAUGUCUGUACCUGGAACUCUGCUCCUAAGUGGAUGAUGAAGUAUUUGACUAAAAAUUCAACUCUGGCUAAAUGUUCAGCUCUGCCUGUAAACAAUACGGGAUCUCUCUGAGACUCCAUGGAGCAUAGAUGGUCUUGAUCCUCUCUAAUUGUAUAUGUAGCAGCUGACACGUGCUUUCAUCCGGCUGCGAACUCUUACCUCAAUCUCUAAGGAUCUAAGAUUGAUAUGGAUAAUUUGGAGGAGCAUAUCAGAGAUAAUCUUCCUUUUGUCUGUUGACAUUACAAGUCAUUAAGCCGGAAAUAGUCUUCAGCUAAGAAGUUUCCAUAGGUUGUGUUAUACCCGAAAUAUGACUUUCUCUUUGUCUACUAGUCGGGCUCUUUGGCUCAGUACCUGGUUCGUGUAUGCCCCCUCUGAGAUGAAUGGAUCAAGAGAACGGCAGAGGGCAGGAAAACUUGUCUACUGCAAGACCUAAGAUUCAGGAGACCAUUUAGAUCCAAGGAUUAUCAUUCCCAUCCUUCCAGGAUUUUGCACCUGGAAGACCGUAUGGUAGAUCUCAACCUAGAAAAGUGGUACUACUUCUACCAGAGGAAGCGAAAAGGUAAAAAGAGACGCAUGGUAAAUUUCGUGGCUUUCCCUUAAUUAGAAGGAGCUAUUGUGAGAAAUCUCAAAAGCAGCUAGAACAAGGAUUCUGUUUCUAACAGGUGGAUGGAGAUCCAUUCUAGAGUUACGUAAGUUUACAGGAUUCUUGAACAUUCUUCAUCAUAAAGGCAGUACUCCUAGUACAUUGGAUGAUUUCUACAGAUUUGCAGGAUUCUUAUUCCCAUGUACCCAUUGCCCCACAAAACCGGAGAUUUCUCAGACUGUAGUGGAAGGACACUUUCAUUUUUACAUCUUGAUAGUGAAAGAUAAAUGUCUGCUGGAAUCACCUUGAUCUUUCCCAGUUCAGGGUAUAGCUGGGAACAUGGUUUGACACAGUCCAAGGUAAAGUACAGCUCUCUUCAGAAAGUGCAGUACGACUUAUCAAGUAAAGGAUGUUGACUGUCAUAUUACCUCAGCAAAGAAAGUUUUCAUUAAUGUCCUCUACCAUAGGUCUAAUAAGAUGGCACAAGGGAGGACGUUAACUUUACUAUAGAAAUUCAUUGGACAGUGAAAAUGAUAAAUACCAUCCACUGGGGUUGAGGGAUAUUUCUUCAAAAUCGAUAUGUUCAUGAAAGGAACAUCCUAACAUUAAACACCUCUCUUCUGCAUAGGUUGCAAGAGCCAAUGUCAAUAUGGUUUUCACUUCUGUGUAUCUUCUUCAGUACCUCAAAGGGCUCUCCCAAAGAGUUCCUAUUCCAUCAGGUACAGUGCUACUCUCCUCUUUCUGAAGGUUUCGAUAUUGAAAAGAAUGACUUAAAUCUAUGGGUUUUUCAGGUGCAGCAUUAACACCCUUCUGAAACCAUAUAUCCUCGAGGUAAAACAUAUAUCCUCGGCUACCUUUACAGAGUUGGAAUGCUUUUUUUCCUGGUCUAUUCCUAAUUAGGUAAUCAUUUAAAUUCCUUCUACCAAGGAGGUCAUAAGUUCUUCAAUCCAAUACUCCUCUAGGACUUAGCCACAAUACCUCAGAGAGACAUGUCUCAGCACUCUCUGAUCUGUUUUCGUGAAGGGGCUUUGAUACGGAGAUAUCUAAAUAUCUGUCGGCUGUAUUUAUAUGAUCCCUCAGUUAACCAUUGAUUCUGUGAACUUCUCACCCCUCUUAACCAUGAGACUAUCUCUCCACAACUACUUAACCCCUUAAGGACCAAACUUCUGGAAUAAAAGGGAAUCAUGACAUGUCACACUUGCACAGACAUGCAGCUGGGGAGUAAGGGAAAGGAGGCCCCGGCAGAGCUCUAUCUUGCAGCUCCGUCAGGUUCCUCUCGCAAGUUCCAGAGCGUUGCCAUGAAAACGCCCCCGAUCUCGCGAGAGUGAACUCUAGCCCCACAGGGUAGAGUUCACUCACCACUAGCAGCACAGUCCCCCCUCCCAGGCUAAAAGUAAGAAGGGAGGGGGGAUAUAAUGCCACACACACAUCACCAUCACACACUGCACCCUCACGCACACACCGCUCCCCCACACAUUACACACACACACAGCUCCCUCUCAUAAACACACAGCACCCUCACACAACAGCAUCCAUCACACACUGCACCCCUCUCACACAUACACUUUACCCCUCACACACACACACACAUACUGCAUCCUUCACUCACACACACACAUCACCCCUCACAUGUACACACAAUACUUCCAUAUAUAUAUAUGGAAGUAUACACACACACACACACAUACUGCAUCCCCUUUACACACCCUCACUACAGCCCCUUGCCACACAUGCAUUACAUUACACCACAAACACAACAUGACUAAAACCAACCUUAUUACACAAUUCUACACCACAAUCAGCUCACUCUACACACACGCAAUCCUACAAGCAGGCUCCAAACACAUUAACAAUACUCUUUCCUGGCCCUUUUGUCUCCUGGUAUCCCAUUUAUAUAGAGACACCAGAGAAAAGUUGCAAGGAAAAACAGCGCAAGCAUGUUAUCAAAUGUGCUUGCACUGUGCAGAACAAAUAUAGGGCAUAUUUCUCAUGCUAGAGCUCUUCAGCAGAGCUCUGCGCAUGGUCUGCCCUGGAAGAGCAUUAAACCAACAUGCUCACUUUGAGAGGGGGUGUGCUUGUCGUUGAUGAUGACAACACACCCUCUCCACCCGCCCCUUCUUUGUGGCCCGCUGUGAUUAAAAAAUGCCCAGGCCGAAAUUUUUCCCCAGUCCGUCCCUGAGCAGAGGGGAUAGUCUUGGCUAUGUUCAGGCUAUUAAGCCCUUUGGUGGUUACAGUACCUGAAGGUCUGUUAGCUCUCCACUAGAGCCAUUUCUCCCCUUUGAGCAACAGUGGCCAAUUUUCCCCUGGAACUUACAGAUUAAAUGCCUGCUUGGCCAUCAACCAAUACUUUUUUCAGCCAUUUUUUUGGUACAUUUGAGUAGGUCAUUUUGGUAAUGUGGCAAUAGUGGGUAAUCAGUUUUUAAGUUACAAUGUCCUUAUGAGGUGUGUGUGUGUGUGUUUGCACUGAACAUUCAUAAUUUGGAAGUCUUGUGUAUUUCUUUCCCUCGCAUGGUUAUUGCUGGGGUAUUACCCAUUGUUGUGCUGCCAUGGAUAUGGCCAGCAAAAAGGACUAUUUAUUUCUCCUUACCGUAACUUUCUUUUCCUGGUCAUAGGCCAUGGCAGCACAAAGAUCCCGCCCUGGGAUGUUGCUGGAAACAAGACUGAGAGUAGGAGGGGUUACUUAAACCUUCUGUUUUAAUUAGGUUCCUGUCUAAUUAGGGAUAGGGAGGAGCUACCCAUUUUUGUGCUGCCAUGGCUUAUGACCAGGACAAGAAAAUUAUGGUAAGUAUGAAUACAUUUUCCUUUUUACUAGUGCACCAUGUAUCUAUCACUUCAAUCUAUUUUUUUAGCAGUUGCAUUUCACAAAUUACGAGCACAAUUCAGUUUCAGAAUUUGCUAUGUUUCAGCCCUAUAAAAUUUGCUUAGAGUGUCUCUUUAUAUUAUGGUAAAAAGAACACAUAGCAAAAGUGCCAAAAAGCCUUGGUCGCAAAUGCGCAGAAUCUCAGAAAAGAAAGAGGUUAAACAUUUGUAAACACAAUUACAAUAUUCCAAUAGCUCAAAAGUGCAAAUUCUUCUUUAAUUGGGUAGUUAAACAAGUAGCAAGAUAGAACUUUUUUAUAUUUAGAUUAGAUUAUAGAUAUUUUACUCUUUUUCCAUUUUGAAGAGAGCAUCUUGAGAAGAUAGGCAUCUUCGAUGGACGUUACCGGGCACAGAAGCUCUCAGAUUGCACUGUAGCCAUACCAGUACUCAAAGAAAAGCUCAGUUCGUGUAUCUUGGAAGAACUAACAACAGUUGUUGCACCUGGAAGUUCCUGCAGGGAAACUUUGAUAAUGGUGAGAAUGAGGUUGUAAUUAUACUUGAAAAACUCCUCUGCAUAACAUUCUUACCUUUUUAAUGGAAGAAAAACCUGCUUUAAAAUGAUUGUUUUUAGCAAGCACUUGACUGUCUAAACCGGUAACUGAAAGCUAAAAAUUGUAUCCUGUAAAGAUGGUGCAAUGAUUUAUAUCGUCUAGACUCUAGUGUCCUAUUGGUGUGACCAGUUUAAUGCCAAGCUGUUUAGGAGAAUUUUCACAUAAACUGAAAUUAGUCCUGGUGUUCAGACUCUGCCUCCUAGAAAUAUAUACUUCCCUAUUAAAGUUGUCAAAUGUAUCCAACUUGGAAAGCAUUAAUUCUCUUAAAGUUCAAGUAUUGUGUAUCCCAGCACUGCCAGGCUAUUAAUGAUGUCCAGGUUGAAUUAAUUUAACAUUUAUAAUGUAGAAGUGCACAUUCUGCAAUUAUAAACUUUAGUUUACUCCUAAAAAGAUUAAUAUUAAACUGGGGGACAGUGCCAGGGCACUUUUAGGCAAGAUAACUACUACACUGUGUGUAUGUUCCAAGCACCAUGAUCACUACAGCUCCCUGUAAUGCUUAUGAUUCUAUGUGUUCUGGCACCAUCCCAGAGUAAUUUCUCAAACCUUUUAAGAACGUUUGGACAACUUACCUGGGUCCUGCCGAGAGCCUGUUGCCACAGUCAGCUUUCCAUAUUCUCCUUGCAAGAGAAUCCAGUUUGCUGCACUAAGCUAGUGAUGGCUGUGCAGAGACACUCUCAUUGGCUGAGAGUGUCAGUUGAGUAAUCUCAGCCCAGGAGUGUGGCUCUGUACCAGAUUUUGCUUUGCUCAGGGGAGACAUCUGGUUUCUCCUACAGGAGAAGUCAGGUGCUGUGUGGAUCCCUGGGGGAUCCAGGUUGUUUGUCAAACCAUUCAGGGAGGGUGCGCUUGGAUAGUCUGAGCACCAUAACUACAGUGUUAUAGUGGUUUGGUGCUUGCAAUGUUCAUUUAAAGGGUAAACAUGGUAGACAUCAGUAUUUUAUAGGUUGACAGGAUUUCUGAAAUCUAUUAAAGCUUCAUAUUGGACAUUGUCAUUAAAUUCUUGUAAUGGGUGGAUCAACUGACUUUGCAAUUGUUUGAACGGACUCAAUAAUCCAAAAGUAUUAUGGCAAAUUAUUGUUUUUCUGUAUAUGAUGAAAUUGUGUGUCUUAUUUACAAUUAAGUUAGUCUUGUCUUUUUGGUAUAUUAAGUAAUUGGUCUUGGCAUUGGCUUUUCAGAAUCCUGUGCUGUCCAAGCGUGCCCGGAUUCAGUCUCCAGCCCAGAAGUUGCGUAUAGAUCUUUGUGAGCUUUUAGAAAGCCACGGUGUGGCUUGGCCACGUGACCUUGAACGUGACUUACCCCAUUCAUGGCAGAAGCAUGGGGAUUUAAUUGUUUUCAAUGAGAACUGCUUCAAUGAUCCUUUGUGGAAACAACAAGGUUUGUGCUUACUAUUACAGUGAUAUAUGUCUAUAAGCACGGCUAGUCUGGGUCAAAAUAGAAAGCACAGUAAUCUACCUCUUCCAUUUAAAACCACGAGCUACAGAGUACAUUAGGUCACUUGGGAGCAGUAAUUUACCUGGACUAGGUUUCUGCGUACAUCUUCUGCUACCCAAAUGUCCCAUCAUGUCCUGGAAGAAAGAGGAGCUUAAGCUCAGUGUAGUAAUUCAUGCUUAUGGUAAGAAAAACAAAAAAUGAACAAACUUGCCAUUUUAUUUAUUUAUUUUUAUCUAUAAUUGUUUAAAGGUCCUGAGCUUUGGAUAAAUGUGGCAUCUUCGCUUGGAGUUAGACGCUUAGCGAAGGAAGGCUGCAUUCAGGAUGAUGGUGUGAGAUCCCCUACCGUCACUCUGCUGCUUGGGGAUAGUGGAUGGGUGGAGCACAUUGACAAUGGCAUCAGGUCAGACCUGUAAUGAAUUGCAUGAAGAAGUGAAUUAUGUCUGUAUUGUAUUCCCAUUAAUUAGUUAAAUCUCCAUCUACAGAUACACUUUUGAUGUCACCAAAUGCAUGUUCUCAGCAGGGAACAUAUCAGAGAAGCAGAGAGUGGCAUCCUUCUGUUGUUCUGGGGAGAUAGUGGUGGAUCUUUAUGCAGGUGAGGUGUCUUCUGUUCCCUUAUAGUGUAUCUUUGUGUAUUUAUGCAUUAAAGGACCACUCUACACCCCAAAAGCUCUUCACCUUGCUGAAGUGCUUUAUGGAUGAGGCGUAUCCUAGUUUAACCCCAGUUUAUAAAAGUGCUGAUUUCUGUGAGUAAUCAGCACUUUUCUAAGUAAACUAUGAUUGACAGCCAGGGGGGAGUUCCAAACAACCAGGGAGGAUUUCUUCCUACUUCCGUCAGCUCCCCUGAGGUCAGGGCCGGUGCAAGGAUAUUUGGGUACACAGGCGAAGACGAUUUCAUCCCCAGCCCCUCUGUGUACAUUCUCACCCCAGGCCCAUCUAUGUGUCUUUUUACACCCCAGGCCCAUCUAUGUGUCUUUUUCCCCACUGAGGCCCCCCUGUGUGCCACUCUUUCCUCCAUGUCCCUUAGUGUUCCUCUCUCCUCCCCUCCAUGUUCGUUAGUGUUCCUCUUCUCGCCCUUACCUGUCUCUUAGUCCCCCUCAUUCCCCUUAAUGUUCCUCUCCCUUGUUUUUUAAUGGUUUUUCCCUUCCUUCCCCUGUACCUUAGUGCCCCCCCCCCUUAAUGUUCCUCUCUCCCCUCCCUCUUUGUUAGUGUUCUAUUCCCCCUCCCCCAUAGUGUUCUAUCCCUCCCCAUAGUGUUCUAUCCCCCUCCCCAUAGGUGUUCUUUCCCCUCCCCUGUCCCGUAGUGUUCUUACCCCCUCCCCUAUACCAUAGUGUUCUUUUACCCACCAUCCCCUGUCUCAGUGUUCUUUUACCCACCAUCCCCUGUCUCAGUGUUCUUUCACCCACCAUCCCCUGUCUGUGUUCUUUCACCCACCAUCCCCUGUCUGUGUUCUUUCACCCACCAUCCCCUGUCUGUGUUCUUUCACCCACCAUCCCCUGUCUGUGUUCUUUCACCCACCAUCCCCUGUCUGUGUUCUUUCGCCCACCAUCCCGUCUGUGUUCUUUCACCCACCAUCCCCUGUCUGUGUUCUUUCACCCACCAUCUGCCUGUGUUCUUUUUCACCCACCAUCCCCUGCCCGUGUGUUCUUUUUCACCCACCACUUCUGUCUGUGUCUUUUCACCACUCAUCCCUGUCUGUGUUCUUUUUUCACCACCAUCCCCUGUCUGUGUUCUUCACCCACCAUCUCCCCUGUCUGUGUUCUCUUUUUCACUCCACUCAUCCCUGUCUGUGCUCUUCACUCCACCAUCCCUGUCUGUGUUCUUUCACCCACCAUCCCCUGUCUGUGUUCUCUUUUCACCCACCAUCCCCCUGUCUCAUAGUGUUCUUCACCCACCAUCCCCUGUCUCAUAGUGUUCUUUCCACCCCCAUCCCCUGUUCCCCAUAGUGUUCUUCCACCCCCAUCCCCUGUCUCAUAGUGUUCUUUCCACCCCCAUCCCCUGUCUCAUAGUGUGCGUUCUUCCAAAUUCCAUCCCCUGCUCCCAUAGUGUUCUUCCACCCCCCGCCCCAUAGCUUCUCUUACCACCUCUCUAUCCUCUGUCUCAUAGUGUGCUCAUCCCUCUCCUCCCUGUCUCAUAGUGUUCUUCCAUCCCCCUCCCCGGUCCCAUAGUGUUCUUCCACCCCCUCUCCCCGAGCCAGUACGUGUGGACGCAGCAGCACAUGGGGACCAAGUCAGAGACUUCUCAUUCUCAUUGGUUAUUUCCCUGUGAGGAGACUGAAAGUCUUUUCCUGGGGAAAAAGGGAGGGCUUACAAAGGCUGUAGUCAUAAUAACUGCAGCUUUUGUAAUCUCUUUUAGACUAUACUCCCAAUGAAUACAUACAUGGAAAUAUGCAUGCAUGCUUGCAUACAUUCAUUGGGGGUGUAUCUAAUAAAGUGUGGGGUUGUUUUUUUGUUUUUUUUCAGUGUUUUCUUUUAACUGUGGAGUGGUCCUUUAAUUAUUGAUUUUUCUUAACAUUGGAAAGUGAUAUCAACAAACAAGAACAAUGGAAAGGAAACUUUAAUAGUUACAUAGGCUGAAAAGAGGCAUGUGCCCAUCAAAUGCAGCCUUUCUCACAUUUCUAAUUUUGCAACAAACUAGGAAACAAAUUCCCUCUUGAGCCUAGAAUGGCAGUCAGAUUUGUCCUUGGAUCAAGAAGCUAUUACCCUACAGUUAAAUUAUAUUAUUGAAUAUUCUGUUUCUUGCAAGUAUGCAUCUAAUUGCUGUUUAAACAUCUGUAUGGAUUCUGAUAAAACCACUUCUUCAGGUAGAGAAUUCCACAUCCUUAUUGUUCUUACGGUAACAAAACCUUUCCUUUGCCUUAGACAAAAGCAUGUUUUACUGUGAGUGACACAGUAAAAUAACUUGGAUAUAGUUUUUAGUUUGUCAUAAUUUUGUGUAUACCUGUGGUAGGAAAUAAAAACAUUGAUGUAUAAUAUUUUAUUAUGCUUUUGCCUCAGGUAUUGGAUACUUCACAGUGCCGUACCUGGUCCACGCUGGUGCCUCUUUUGUCCACGCUUGUGAGUGGAAUCCCCACGCAGUGAAAGCAUUAAAACAAAACCUGGAACUCAACAGAGUUUCUGAGAAAUGCCUGAUUCAUGAGGGUGAUAACAGGCAGGUAAGAAUUAAAAAUCUGCCUAAGCUUGCUAUACGGUGUUCUGGUUCCAAGGAAUUGGCUAUUACGCAAACAUCUGUUUCUCAAUUCAUGGUAUGCAUAUCUCAGGGGUAGUCGUGGCAUGGGUUUGGGGUAUAUAUGUCACGGUUGGAAAUUUGAUGUAAAUAAAUUAUGUUGUCCCAAUUUAUUUGUAAUUUCUUUACACGCUUAACUCUCAGAUUGUAGCCCUCUAGUUAAAUGUUUCUUUACUUGAGACACCACUAUCAGUCAUCAUUACACACACACUGUUUUGAACAUACAUUUUUACAUAUAAAAUUGCCACUGUGUACAGCACUCUUUCUACUAAUUUGAAGUCACAUUUUACACUUCUGUAGCUCUUAUCACUGUGUCUGAAAGAGCUCCAGGGUCUAUCUCCCAAUUGGUGAGUUACUAUUAUCUUAAAAGAUCACUAUAUGGUCAGGAACACAAACAUGUAUUCCUGACCCUAUAGUGUUAACACCACCAUCUAGCCCCUCAUGCCUCCAUAAAUAUAGCAAAAUCUUACUCUAUUCAAGCCAGAAGCUGUAACUCUGCAUGCUUUUAGACUCAGAAAAACAAGCAGUCUGCUGACAUCAUCAGAAGUGGUAGCCUGAUCCAAUCACAAUGCUUCCCCAUAGGAUUGGCUGAGACUGACAAAGCGGCAGAUCGGGGGCAGAGCCAGCAUGAUUCAAACACAGCCCUGGCCAAUCAGCAUCUCCUCAUAGAGAUGAAUUGAAUCAAUGAAUCUCUGAGGAAAGUUCAGUGUCUGCAUGCAGAGGGAGGAGAUACUGAAUGUUUGGAUGCAUUUUAGGCAGCCAUGACCCGGGAAGGAUCUAGAACAGCCAUUUGGAGAGUGGCCAGUGAAGUUAUCACUAGGCUGUAAUGUAAACACUGCAUUUUCUCUGAAAAUACAGUGUUUACAGCAAAAAGCCUGAAGGUAAUGAUUCUACUCACCAGAACAAAUUCAAUAAGCUGUAGUUGUUCUGGUGACUAUAGUGUCCCUUCAAUUAUUUUGCCAUUUGUCCAGCCAUCCCUGACGCCAGCUCCACAUACUGCAUGUGCUCAUGAGAAUGGUGAGUACUUCCUUGCACAGCAUGGGAUGUGUAUGCCAAUAUGCGAGUUAGUCAAGCCAGAGAUGAACUUCCUUUAUAUAAUCAUGUUGGAAAAUCUGCAUUCUCCUUUUGGUUCUCUACAAACAGUCCGCUAUGGCUCCUGUGAAGUCUGAUAUGUCUGGGAUUAGUUUUCCCUAUGAGUUUUAAUUAUUUUAUAGAGGCAGUUGGCGUAGGUGCUCAUCUCUUGGCAGAGGCUAUGAAGAGAAUGUUCUGGUCAGAAUUUGUGGAUGUCUUCUCUCUGAUGGCUGUGACAGUUGAUAAGCAGUUGUUCUAGGUAGAGAAAUCCUUCCCUGAACACUGCGUUAUUCCAUUUUAUUCAAUAGUAUUCUGACCAUAAGAGUGGAAGCUCUCAAAAGCUUGCAUUUGAGCAUGUAUUUAAUACACCAUAAAAAGGUAUCACUGCUUACAUCAGUAUUUUUAUCUUGGCAUCUGAAUAACUUGACUAGCACGGCUACUCCAAUAGAUAGUGUGUGUGUGUGUGUGUGUGUGUGUGUGUAUAUGUAUAUAUAGCGAGGCAAUACUGUUGUGCAUCACCUCCAUAUCUCAAGUUCUCCUUCGGCCCAGAAACUUGAAAAAUCAUGUUCCCAGCUUGACAUGCAAAUGAGCACAGACAGGCAUUGUGUUUCAGACCUCAUCCUGCAUUUCUGCAGGUACCUUUAACAAAAGAUACUGUUUUAGAUACAGUAUCAAAAAAAACAACAACCUACAAUGGAUUGUGACACCACUUCAAAGACACCACUGACCAGAAACCUGCAGUGGGACUGUACAGUUUCAACAUGGUUGGCCACCAGUUUUGUUCUGGAAGUUGAAGGCUGUAUGUUUGGGCUUUAGUAGACAAAUCUCAGUAUAUGGAAGGUAAUACAUUAUUAGUAAAUUUCAUUAAUGGCAUGAUUGUUCACUUUGAUACCAACAUCUUUAUUUAGUGAAAAACAUGAUUUUUAAAGUUCAAGAAUAAACUAUUUAUAACUAUUUUAUAUCUCUUUAGUUGAAACUACAAGAUGUGGCUGACAGAGUAAAUUUGGGCCUUAUCCCCACAUCGGAGCCUGCUUAUGAAGUGGCCUGUAGAGUUUUGAAGAAGGAUACUGGAGGAAUACUGCACAUCCACCACAAUGUGAACAGCUUUAUUAGACAUGCAGGACUAAAUAUGAAUGGUACGAAAGAGGACGUUAUUAAAUGGAAGAAUAUGGCUUGGAAGGAAUGGGCAGAGGGAACUGAAUCUCAGGUUCGUGCUAUUCUAAUGAAAGCCAGCGGGAGCCCAUGGCACACACAAAUUUUACAUUUGGAGAAAGUGAAGUCCUAUGCGCCAUAUAUAGACCAUGUUGUUUUAGAUCUUGAUUGUCGACCAUUGCAUGAAACGUGAACGGUAACUAUAUUUUAAUAAAUUUGAGAAAACAACCCAAUGGUGUUUAAAUUCAAGCACAAUGGAAACCCUUGUCACAAAAAGUUAUAAAUGAUAAUGAAUAUCCCCUGCUCACUUAUUGCUAAUUAAGCAGUUCCUUCUUUACAUUAGCAAUACCAAUUUCAAUCUAAUUUGGAUGUUUUUUAUUUGUUGAGUGGAACAGCAGUUAGGUUUACAGUUCCUUAGAGCACAGAAUAAAAAAUAUAUAAUUUUGCUGCAGUGACAAUGUUCCUUUUACUAUUAGAUGUAAAACUUUAUGGGUUUACUUGUCCACUGCUUCUACUUUUUUUUCCUCUCUAUUUUGAUGGACAUUUUUGUGACUUCCUCAGUAUCCAUCAUGUUUGGAAUUGUGCAGCUAAACCAAAAGAAACUAUAUUGUAUAUUAUUGCAGGUUUUCUUAAAUAGAUUGUUUGUGGAGUAAAAUUAAAUGUAGGGCAAUCUUUAUGUAGAAUAACAAAAUUACAUUCUAGAUGGCUUUUCUUUUAGAACCCUACAUUGCUUUCUAUAUAUAAUGCGUAUGUUUAUGGCAUUAUUAGUCUGUAACAUUUCCAACUAGGAGUAAUCAUACCAUCAUUUUAUAUAGAAAAUGUUUGCUGAGGAGACACUAAAUAUAAAAAUAUUAAUAUAUGUAAAAAGAAUUAAACAAACACUUUAACACAAUA